AUGAACCUUCUCAUUUCUCUUCUUCUACUUUCGAUUCUUGCUCAUCUCUCUUCUCCUCUCGGCGAGCUUCCGGAAUCGGGAGUCUUCGAAGAUGGUGAAUCUCCGGAAACAUUGACGUCUUCUGAAUCUGCACUUGUUAUGAAUUCUGGAGUUGUUGGAAGUGAAGAUGGAGAGGAUGUGACUGCUUCAGAUGGACCAACACCUCCGUUAGCUGCCCCAUUGAGUCCUCUUCCAGAAAUGAGUAUUCCAGUUGCAAGACCACCAGGUUUCCGUCCGCCAACUUCAUUCGUACCAAAGAAGGAUUCAGGAGAGCACCCAGAACAUGUCAAUGUUGGAUUUGUUGUUCGUCGUGGCCGCGCAAAAGUGAUGGGAUUCUCCAGGAGGAAGUCAGAAUCUUCAGACUAA